AUGCCACUUAAACUAAAGGCCGUGCCAGGUACGGCGUCAGAUGUCUACCAGAACAUUCUUCGAUUUGCUGCAGAAUACAUAAAGUACAUUUUUCUUAACAUACACGAAUGGGAGAAUAUUCUCGAGGCAACGUGGGUGUAUAGACUUGAGCUGACUGAAGAUAACGAGGUCAUUGCGCACGGCCAUGCGGAUCUGAACGUGUAUUAUCUACUCCGAAAACACAAGUCCCUCGAGUGGAACAAUAUCAUCGAAGAAUUUAACAGCAAUUUCAUGGACAAGUUUCCGUUCGAAGCUGUUG